CGUCUUUCACUGUCUGUGUGUUCUUGAUGACUGGCCGUUGGUUGUUGGUUAGUGAUUACUGAUUACUCCUACUCUUCAGCAACUGACUAGAUUCCACGGAUAUCGUUCCGUGAAAAUUAUGACUCAGUCGAGUCGAUUGUUGGAAUACCUAACAUCUACCUCCAAUUUACCUCUACAAUCGCUGUUCAGUAGUAAAGCAAACGCGACCACGUGAAUUCUUUAUUUGAAUGCUGUAAAUAACAUAGUAAAAGCUAACGCCAUUUCCGUUUACUAUUUACUAUUGUGGGUAGUGUUUUCCAGGGUGCCGGACUAAAAAAUGAAUAAUGUGUACAGCCAGAGUGAUAUCUAUUCGACUAGAGGUGACAUGUGCUUCGACAACAAAGGAAUGGUGACUCCAGCGCAAUCUGAACGGACAACCUCGCAAUCUGUCCACGUCAAUGUUACAGACCCCGAUAAAACGCAGACUCGUGCUACUACGAUAAGGUGGAGGAGGCGAUUGCGUGUGCAACAUUUGUUAAAUGGGUUUAUUGUUGUAUUAGUUACAACUGUUAUGAUCAUCACAGAAUUAGGAUACAUACCUGGAACGAAGCUAGGAUACACUUGCAACGACCCUUUAAUAUCGCAUAAGUACAGAGGAGACACAGUAUCGCCAGCUGUGCUCAUGGUUGGUUCAACAAUCCUGCCACUGUGUAUGCUUCUACUCACUGAAUUUUUAAUGAAACAAACUAUUAAGAAAGUGUUCGUUAGUGAACUUUGGUUUUAUUAUAAAGAAUGUAUAAUUGGAUGUACCCUUGUGUUAAUGAUAACUGAAGUCGCCAAGGCAGUAGUUGGUGAACAUCGACCACAUUUUUUCGACGUGUGCGAACCUGAUACAAAUAAAAAUUGUGUUAAUGGAUCCUUCGUUGAAGACUAUACAUGCACGAGUACCAGAUUUGGAGGAUAUUUCAUAACGGACAGUUCUAGAUCUUUUCCUUCUGGACAUUCUUCCGUUUCCGUGUUCAUCGGACUAUUUUCGUCUUAUAUAGUACAAACCCGACUACCCACGGUGAAGACGGGAAGACUGCUGAAACCAUUCCUCAUUUCAGUAUGCCUUACUUGGAGCGUGGUAUGUUCGUUAUCCAGAAUAACUGACAGGAGACACCACUGGUGGGACGUUCUUGCGGGCAUGACUCUUGGCGCGUUGGGUGCGCUGUAUACUUUAAAACUGAUUCACAAAAAAUUAAAUGGCAUUGAAAAGUCGCCCAGGAUAUCCACAUCAACCACAACUUUACUAGACGUGAAGAAUAAAGACGCCACUAGUGUGAUUAUUUAAAUUUAGUUGUAUUAUGAAACCAAGCGUACUGAGUGUGUUUUUAUAAAGUACACAGGUUUUUAUUUUAUCAGUAUUUUCAUCUAUGUGUAGUUUACAUGUUAUUUAUUGUUGUACAUAUUUCUACAGAACCAAAAAUAUAUUCUUUUUUAU